CGGAAAAUGGGGAAGUGGGGGUGGGGGAAGUGGAGGUGGGGGAGCAACGACCUCGGAGGGUGGACGAGUGGCCAACAGGAACAUUUGUGGAAGUCUGUGCUUUCUCAAAAGGCAUGGAUAGUGUCAGUUAGAAAGACUCUGGCUAGGUUCGUCAAGACAGAGAGAUAUCGUCAAACUGGGUGAAUCAACAUGCCUCCGUUUCGCAUUGUCAUUGUGGGAGGCGGAAUUGCUGGCUUUACCGCCGCAAUCGCUCUGCGCGGGCCAAACCGACAAAUCACCGUGCUUGAGCAAUCUAGACUGAACAAGGAAAUCGGUGCUUUGAUCUCACUGCAACCGAAUGCAUCCCGAAUUGUCGAGUCUACCUGGGGCCUCAAGAAGGAAGUGGCUGCCGCUAGCAGAAUGGUUGAUGAAGGUUUCCGUGUUUACAACACUGACGGAGUUCUGGUCAACACCGUGCCACUAUCAACCGCGGAGUUCGGUGCAGAUCGUUUGUGUUUCCAUCGGAGAGAUCUUCAUGAUCAACUCAAGGAAGCUGCAGUUUCUCUCGAUCGCGCAGGCGAUCCGGUGACACUCAGAGUCGCUUCGCGCGUAGUAGACUGCAGUCCGCUGGAUGGCACGGUCACUCUCGAAGGAGGGGAGAUAGUGACGGCAGAUCUGAUCGUUGCUGCCGAUGGAAUUCAUAGCGUGAUUCGCAAACAUGUGUUGGAGGACGAGCCGUCUCCAUUGCCCACGGGGCAUUCUGCCUAUCGUCUUAUGAUCCCCUCGGAGACCUUGGAAAAAGAAGAGCCCGAGUUUUGUUCCAAGAUCAACCCUCGAGAGCCCUUCACCUCCAUGAUGGUUGCCCACAACUGCCGCCUAGUUAUGGGCCCUGGCAGGCAAGGUGAGGUCUACGGUAUCGUGGCAUUGGUGCCCGAUGAACAAUUGAAUGAGGAUCCCGGUGCAAAGCAAUCCUGGGUUGCCGAGGGAAAUCUGGAUAAGAUGCUUGAGACCUUCUCAGAGUUCCCAACGUGGGUCACGAGUGUAUUCAAGCAUUCCGCCGAUCUCGGAUUGUGGCAAUUGCGUGAUUUGGACCCGCUCAAGGCCUGGCAUCGUGGCCGAGUGAUUCUCAUUGGCGAUGCCGCCCAUGCCAUGCUUCCCACCCAGGGCCAGGGCGCUAGUCAAGCAAUCGAAGAUUCAGAGGCCCUGGGAGCAUUUUUUGAGGGUAUCAGCGAGGCCCCUUCGGCAGACGCUCUUUCCGAGAUCCUAGAGAAUAUUUUCCAGGCUCGCUUCGCUCGAGUGAGCCUCAUCCAAGCAUACAGCAGAGAGGCGGCGAAGCCAGCUGCUUCUAAGAACACCGUUACUUUGAGACCGGAUGAAUUCAUGAAAUUUAAUUGUAUGUAUCGGGGGGCCAAGGCUUGGAGCAACGAGCAGAUCCCUGCGCCGGCUUGA